GAGCUUCAAAAGUGAGUAUGUAUGUGUAAUAUCCAUUGUUUUAAUCUGUGAGCGAGGGAAGGAUAAUCCGUGAAACACGUGGCCAAAUGCCAAUACACAAACAAAAUAGCCACAGUGUUGAGCGACGAUGCAGAGCUGGGUCCUCUAUUUCCACAAUCUUUUUGUGAAAAAGAUUCUACUCCUUCGCUCUCUCUAGAAUCUCGAGAUGAGCCAAUCCUCCAUGAAUAUACGAAUUCAAGCUCCUUCUCCUUCUCUACUACUGCCACGAGCCAAAGUCUGCUAUGUGCUACCAUUUUCUCAGUUAGAAACUUUUUCCAAUCCUAAUCUUUUAAAGACAUCCAUAGUUGCAAGAUGCCCCUUGGGGUGGUCCAAGACAUCUUCUGUACUUGCAGAGCAAUCGAUCAAGCAUUCAACACGAUCAGGAGCCCUGGUUACCUCUGGCUCUCAAGAAACGUCCACCCCUGCCCUAGUUGGUAAUGAAAAGAUUGGAGUUUUAUUGCUUAACCUUGGAGGUCCUGAGACUCUAGACGAUGUACAGCCGUUCCUGUUUAAUCUUUUUGCAGAUCCAGAUAUCAUUCGACUGCCAAGAUUAUUUCGCUUUCUUCAGAAGCCCUUGGCACAAUUUAUAUCGGUUGCUAGAUCACGGAAGAGCAGAGAAGGAUAUGCUUCAAUUGGUGGUGGUUCUCCACUGCGUCGUAUCACUGAUGCUCAGGCUGAGGAGUUGAGAAAGGCACUGUGUGACAAGAAUGUCCCUGCAAAAGUGUAUGUUGGUAUGCGCUACUGGCAUCCGUUCACUGAAGAAGCUAUUGAACAGAUAAAGCGGGACGGAAUUUCAAAGCUUGUUGUGCUUCCACUCUACCCGCAAUUCUCAAUCUCUACUAGUGGUUCAAGUCUUCGGCUUCUGGAGAGUAUAUUCAGGGAGGAUGAGUAUCUAGUCAACAUGCAGCAUACUGUAAUUCCUUCCUGGUACCAGCGAGAAGGAUAUAUAAAAGCUAUGGCAGAUUUGAUUCAAAAGGAGUUGGGAAACUUUGAUUGCUCUGAAGAGGUGAUGAUUUUCUUUAGUGCACAUGGGGUACCACUUGCAUAUGUAGAGGAAGCUGGUGAUCCAUACAAAGCUGAGAUGGAGGAAUGUGUUGACUUGAUCAUGGAAGAACUAGAAAAAAGAAGGGUAAAUAAUGCAUAUACCCUUGCCUAUCAGAGUAGAGUUGGACCCGUUGAAUGGUUGAAACCCUACACAGAUGAUACAAUCAUUGAACUUGGACAAAAAGGAGUGAAAAGUCUUCUAGCUGUCCCAAUUAGUUUUGUCAGUGAACAUAUUGAAACCUUGGAGGAAAUGGAUGUUGAAUACAAAGAAUUGGCUCUAAAAUCUGGCAUAGAAAAGUGGGGACGAGUUCCUGCUCUUGGUUGCGAGCCUACUUUUAUUUCAGAUUUGGCUGAUGCUGUAAUAGAAAGCCUUCCAUAUGUUGGAGCGAUGGCCGUCUCAAAUCUCGAAGCUCGACAGUCUUUAGUCCCACUCGGCAGUGUAGAGGAGCUAUUGGCAGCAUAUGAUUCACAACGCAGGGAGCUUCCCGCUCCUGUAGUAGUUUGGGAAUGGGGUUGGACAAAAAGUGCUGAAACAUGGAACGGAAGAGCAGCCAUGUUGGCAGUUCUUGUUCUACUGGUGCUCGAGGUGACCACUGGUCAAGGUUUUCUUCACCAAUGGGGUAUAUUGCCCUUGUCUCGGUGACUACAAUUUCCUCCAUUUCCUUUCAUCCUCUUACUAGCCUCUGUAUACACACACUCUGUGCAAUAUAUAUGGGCCCUAGAUAAGAAAUCAAGAAUGAAAAACGUCGGCAGUUGUGUACAAAACGGAUACAAAGAAAGCAGGAUAUUCAUACCAUCACACCUCUUGGAUCUAUCAGAGACUUCCCGCUGCACCUAGAUCGAGUUGAGUGGAACGAGGAGGAAGCAGCAAAUGAGAAGGUUGGGAAGCUGAGAUUCUCAUGGUUUGUCUAUCACUUGGCGUACAGGUUAGUUUUCCAGCAGUGGGCUACCUAGUUUCCUUCUUUUUCUUUAACUAAUGAUUCAGGUUUGAAGCAGAGUUUCUCUUUCGCUCUGUUUUCGUUUUUCUCUCAAGUUUCUUAUAUUGAACGAACACGACGUCGUAUACACCCCUGUCAUUUAUAUGAAUGUCCGCUUAUAAAUUUAUUAAGCGGUUGGUGCAUAUUGAUGAAUGAUGAGAACCUUCGUUUUGAAUAUGUAUAUGUUUAUUAUGAGUUA